AUGUCGGGGCCCAAUUCCCAUCUUAUGAAAACGACCAAGAGAGGUCGACCGUUCGUCAAAGACACCCAUGACCUCUUUUGUACACUUGUCGUCUCACUAGAAUUCGAAACACGCCGGAAUUUCUUCAAAUCAUAUCCCAACAGUUUUACUACCGACGAUGCAUGUGCAAAUCUUUCUUCACUGAAGUUCUCUCAAUCGCAACGUGCUGCUGAUCCAAAGGAUCCCACACGCAUCAUAACGACAACGACAACGACAACUUUCUCAAUGUCAAGAGAAAUGGCCAAAGCGAUAUGUCAACAUUUCAUGGAUUCACACCUGAUCGAAAACGCUACUGAUCUCGAUUCAAUCACAUUCAAAGAAAGAGGGAUAUAUAUGCUAACAGCAAAAGGAUUACAUAUAUUAGAAAGAUUCGUAACUAAAAAUGGGAUUUCAGCUGAUCAUUUGAUCAAGAUAUUCUCAACACAACCUAUUUGUAUGAAAUUAUUACAUUUAGAAAGAAGAUCAGUUGACGAUGAAAUCAUAAUAACUAGAGGUGUGAUAGAAGUUUUGUUUAGAAGGUUUGCAGGUAGAGAACCAAAUUUGACUAAAAUGAAUGAUGAUGAGAUUUCAUCACAUCAUCGUUCAAGAUUUUACAUGAAAUCACCACCUCUACCACCAGGUGAAAGAUUCGAACGAUCAGACGGUAUGAUAGUAAGGAAAGUGCCCUCGACUCUGGAAAAAAAAGUUGGAUCAUCGUCAACUUCUUCAGAUGAAUAUCAAUUCUCAGCUCAAAUGGCCGUCGACUGGAUCCUGGAUUACACAUCCGCGACAGGAUCAGAUGAAGCAGCGGAGGUAUUAGGUCAAUUCGUCAGAUAUGGUUUCAUCUCUUUGGUCAGUGAUAAAGGGAAAUCAAAGGAAACAAAUAUGAUAGUGACCGUAAGACAUGGUGGUGCGGGUGGUGGUGCAGGUGCUAUCCUGCAAGAAGCAGAAUUCCGGGCUACUGAAAAAGCGAUUUACAGAUUCACAAAAGAGGGAAUACAAGUAGCGAAAUGGUUUGAUCCAUCUAAAUCUUCGACAAAUCCAAACGCAUCAGCAUCUAAACCUAAUCUACAUUCUCAAGAUUCUUCCUCUUCACUAAACAAAGGAAGGUUAUCCACAGAGUCACCUAUAGCCGGAUUACAAAGGCGCAAUUCAAUGUCUGAUCGACUAAGAGCAGACUUUGAUAUAUCAGGUAUACCAGGUGGUGAUAAUCAUAUAAAAGAUUCACAUACCGCUCGAUUAAAACAGAUCCUAGAGGAACCAGCCCUAAGGAGUUUAUUUAGGGAAUUCCUAAGAGCCAAUUUCUGUGAAGAGAAUUUAAGCUUUUGGCUGGAUGUUCAAGAUUUCAAAAGAAGAUUCCAAACUACUUCUUCUGCUAUAGCUACUCCUGGUUCAGGUAAAGGAAGUAAAACUACAGGUCAUGCAGCUAUGGAAAAGCAUCAACAAGAUUUGAUAGCGAUGGCCUUUGUCAUAUAUAACACUUAUCUUGCACCUGCAUCACCAUGUGAACUGAAUAUCGACCACACGUUACGAGCAGAAUUAAUUGGAUACAUGAAUCAAAUUACAGCAGAUAAAGAUGCAGGUAUCAAAGGUCGUAUAGAACCUGGGAUAGGAAACACCUUACAUGCCAGUCAAUUGCAAACUAUGGUCAAAUUAUACGAAAGAAUCCAGGUUUAUAUCUUCAGAUUAAUGGCCACUGAUUCUGUGCCCAAGUUUUGCAAAACUGAACGUUUCUUGAACCUAAUGGCCACUUUUUUUGAGUGGACCGAAAAGGGUGAAUCUCAAAAUAUGCAUCUUAACAACAAUAAUACGACAGGUCUAGAAGGUAAAGUCAAUGGUCUAACGAUAGACUCAAGGAAAGCUAUGAAUAUGGCUUUGACUAUUGAAGAUCAUCAACCGUCACCUACCAGGGCUUAUUUGACCAUUUCUCAGGCAGCGAAUGAAAAACAAGCGGCAUCACAGAAAUCCCACAUGGGUCAUUCAUAG